UGAGUCAGAGGAGUGGAAUGGAUCCAGGCAAGUCCGGAGAAAACUAUUUAAAUGGGGGGAGCUGCAAAGAGGCAUGUAUCAUCUCUCUGUGAUAUUAAAUGUUACAGGAGUAAAGUCCAAAAACACAGGAUGCACAUCCUUCUGGCUCUUCUUUAUGUCUCCAUUGUAGCGGCUCCUGGAUGUUCAAGUCUUCCCACAAAGGGAGACUCAAUCAGAAAUACCAUACACAGCAUAAUGAAUAUAGUUCAGAUAACUCUGGUCCACAUUAAGAAACUAAGGACAAAGUUGCCAGUGGCUCCACAGAUAGAACUGAGCACUCCUUCCAUUGAGGGACUAACUAGUAUCAGCCAUGACCUGGGACUUUUGGAUAAUGAACUGCAGAGCCCAUUCACAGAGCUCCUCAGUCAGAUCCAGGCUGAUGUAUCCAGCUUGGAGGGAAGAGUGCGAUCCUUGGCCAUUACAAUGGAAUGUCCCAUCCAGGCCAGACCCGGAGGACAUAUCAGUAACAAUUCGUUCCCCGACAGUCACCUUUACCAGACUCUGACUAAGGUGCAGCGCUACCUGGAAAAGUUUCUUCUCAGCAAGGACAAACUCAAGGUUUGCUGAGAAAAACACUUAAAUCACACAUAUGCCAAAUCUUGUCAUAAUGCAAAUAUAAAGGCUUAUUUGCACAGUGUAGUCAACAGUAUUUUUAAAAUAAUAUUACACAUAGUCACAUAGUGAUGACCAAGCAUGUGAAAAACAUUUUAAAAUAAUUCUCAAUACUCAAAAAUGCUUAUCAUCUGGUUGCUAAAAAUUGCAUGUAAGGCAAGUAGCUUCUGAUGUGCUGAUUUUUAUGUACAUUUGUGUAACAUUUUGUCCAAGAUUUUAUAGAAGUUUGAAAAGUAUUUGUACUAUAGAUUUAUUUUAUAUUAUCUUUAGACUUAUUUAUAUUAUUAUAUAAUUAUAUUUAAAUUGGUUGAAUUGAAUAAAUAUAGAUAUGAAUAUAUAUAGCAACUGAUGUUUCUUCCAUUAGGGUUUAUGAUUUAAAACAUGUUUUGUAUGUUGGCAAUGUUAAUGGUAUUUAGUUUGAAGUGCACUGUUUAUUGUAGUAUUUUACAGAGCAGAAACAUUACUCUGGUUAGUAGGAUUAGAAUUUUUAGCUUAAAUGUCAUUUGUUUUAUUAUACUUUGCAAUAAAGACUUUAGUCAAUA